ACACUUUUUCUCCUCCACCUACUGCAACUGUUCCCAUAAACCUGGUGACAGAGUCAGAAAACUCCUCAGCUAAACAUCCAUAGACUUCAUAUGACCCAAUACUCUAUAUUGUGAUGAUCACACCAGCCAAGGCUACCUAAAAGAAGACAGUUAUCUCAUAUUUGGCUGCCAGUUUUUCCUUUCUCUUGACCGCUUAAAACUUCAGACUUCCUCUCCUGUUGGUGUCAUGGAGAAAGUCCAAUACCUCACUCGCUCAGCUAUAAGAAGAGCCUCAACCAUUGAAAUGCCUCAACAAGCACGUCAAAAUCUACAGAACCUAUUUAUCAAUUUCUGUCUCAUCUUAAUAUGUCUCUUGCUGAUCUGUAUCAUCGUGAUGCUUCUCUGAAGUUCUGCUACAACUCUAGAGCUGCAACGAACCACAUCAGCUUAAAAUCUGUCAUCCCAUGCAGACGGAAAACAAUACUGUGUAACACACCACUUCCUGAGUAUAAGAGUUUCUUUGUGAAAAGGUCAAGAUUAAGACUAAAACUCAUUGUUAGCACAUGUAUUCAGCUGCUGGAUCUUGUAAACAUGAAAAGGGCUUUAUUUUCAAAAAAUAACCUUAAAAUAAGUGUAUAAAAUGUAACUGCUGAUUUCCUCAACAUGGUUCACAAAUUUCUAUCCCAAAUCUUUUCUGAAGAUGAAAUAUGAGUUUAGUUCUGAAACUGCACUGCCAACAAGUUCACUUCAUAUGUAAAGCAUUAUUUUUACUCUUUUGAGGUAAAUAUAAUUUAUAUUACACUGUAAAAGCUUCUUUAGUAUUAAGUAUUUGUCAGGUCUUCACCAAGCAUCAAAGUAAUAAUACAAAUGAAGUGUCAUUAUUCAAAAUAGUCCACUGACUCCUCAUAUCUGUUAUCUUAUUAUAAAGAACUCUUUGUAGUAACUACCAGUAUCGAUAUUCUAAAACAGAAAUUGUAUUUUUUCUGUGCCACAUUAACAUUUUUUAAAGUUGAUGAGAAUCAAGUACGGAAAAGUAAGGCCAUGCUCUUACAUAAUAAAAUUUCUCUUAAGUGAUUUUUUUCAAAGAAUUACAGAAUUCUAGUCCAUGUAGGUAAACCAUAAAUCUGUUCUAAGAUAUUAUGAUCAACAGAUGAGAAUUGGUGGUUAAUAUCUGACAGUGUGAUUAAUCAUAAUCACUAAUGUACUAACAGAAUAGAAUCUAAUCUUCCUUUAAGGUACUGUAGUGAAUUACCUGAGUUGGAGUUACCUAACUUGCCAUAUCUACAGAAUCACGAAACCAUAAGAUUUCAGAAUGAUUUUACAGUUUGUCUUCUAUUCAAACCCAACAUCCAAUGCAGGCAAAGAAAAUAAUAGAAGAUUUCCAGUGACAGAAAAAGGUUAUCUCAAGUAUUUAAAAGAAAUAAAAAUAUGAAUUUUCUCUCCAAAUAUUAACUAAUUUUUAGAUUACUUUUUUUUUUUAGAUUACAUUUUGAAAUGAACUUGUUGGCCCAUCUGUUAUAUCUACAGCUGACCCCUGAACAUGGGGGUUGGGGAGCUGACAAUCCGUGGGUCCCCAAAAAUCUUAACUACUAAUAGCCUACUAUUGACAAUAAACCUUACUAAUAACAUAAACAGUAAAUUAACACAUAUUUUGCAUGUUUUAUGUAUUAUAUACUCUAUUCCUACAACAAAGUAAGCUAGAGAAAAAAAUCUUAUUUAGAAAAUCAUUAGAAAGAGAAAAUAUAUUUACUAUUCAUUAAAUGGAAGUGGGUCAACAUAGAAGUCUUCAUUCUCAUUGUCUUCACAUUGAAUAUGCAGAGGAACAAGAGGAGGAGAAAGAUGGGAAGGAAGAGAAGGGAUUGGUCUUGCAGUCUUGUCUUAGGGGUGUGGGGAGUGGGGGAAAAGAAAAUUCAUGUAUAAGUGGACCCUCUCAGUUCAAGUCCUUGUCGUUCUGGCAUCAACUGUAAUAGGAUAUAGCUAUUUUCCUUAAUCUAUCAAUCAAAUGGUAAACAUCUAUUUUGUAAGCCACUCUACUGAGCUAAAUUAUAGAUCCAACAAUGCUAUCUAUAACUAUUUUCUUGAUGAAUAAAUUUUCAAUUUCUCCUCUGA